CCCUGGAGCCCGUCCCCGACCCGCGGCCGGCCGAGCAGUUAGAGGGAGGAAGGGAGCCGAUCACUGGAGAGAUGUCCAGGAGAAAACAGAGCAACCCCCGGCAGAUCAAACGUUCUCUUGGUGACAUGGAGGAAGGAGAAGACAAUCAGGCCGAGGAUGCCAGCCAAUCAGAGAAAGAGGGGGGAGCUUCAGAUCCUGAGGCAUCAGGAGAGUGUGAGCCCUUCAGCCCUCCCUGCAGCGAAACAGAGACUCAGGAAGGCCCAGAAGGCCUCAAGGAGCUGGAGGAGCAAGAGUUUGACCGAGGUCCGGAAGAGGCGAGCCCGUGGAAUGGGCCAGAUGAAUUGGAGUUAAUCUCACAGGAUGGGGAAAGCAAAGUUCGUGCCAAGAGGAGUCUCCCUGAGGGAAUUUCCUGGGGUCCAUUCAGUGGAAACAUCCAGAGUGAAGGGCAAACAGAGACGAGCCCACCCAUGACCCUGCUGGUGGGAGAGGAGUGCUGCUGGCUGACGAAGCUCCCCCUGGUCUCCAGUGAAACAGAUGCCAACUCGGUGAUCUUCAGAAAGGACGAGGCCAUUUGGUGCAAGACAACCAAGCCUGUGCCCGAAGCUGGACUGAUGAACACGUUCCUCAUGGCGGAGCCCCGGGGCAUCACCAGCAACCCAGUGAAGACAGAACCUGGGGAUCCUGAAUACCCAGCCACUGUGCACUCAGACAUCCAGCUCCUGCCUCAGCAAGCAGGGAUGGCAGCCAUCCUGGCCACCGCCGUCGUCAAUAAGGACAUCUUCCCCUGCAAAGACUGUGGCAUCUGGUAUCGGAGUGAACGGAACCUGCAGGCUCACCUCAUGUACUACUGUGCCAGCCGCCAGAGUUCGAGCUCGCCGCUGGUGGAGGAGAAGCCCAAAGAGACAUACCCCAACGAGCGGGUCUGCCCCUUCCCCCAGUGUAAGAAGAGCUGCCCCAGCGCCAGCUCCCUGGAGAUCCACAUGCGAAGCCACAGUGGAGAAAGACCCUUCGUGUGCCUGAUCUGCCUGUCGGCCUUCACCACCAAAGCCAACUGUGAGCGGCACCUGAAGGUUCACACAGACACCCUGAGCGGGAUCUGCCACAGUUGUGGCUUCGUCUCCACUACGAGAGACAUCCUCUAUAGCCAUCUGGUAACCAACCACAUGAUCUGCCAGCCGGGCUCCAAAGGCGAAAUCUACUCCCCCGGCGCAGGUCACCUGGCCGCCAAGCCAGGCCCCGCAGGUCUGGCUCAGGCCAGCUCCACCCCCGGCCUCAAGUGUGGCCUCUGUGGCCUCCUCGCCGAUAGCCUCGCCAACCUCCAGCAGCACAUGGCCCUGCAUGGUCCUCUGCCCGCUCCAGACUCCAGCCAGGCGCCCCCGGGCCCCGAGUCACCCACUCCUCCAGACGCUUUGGCCAAGAAGGCCCCAGCUGAGACAGAAAAUGGGGAAGCCCAGGCUGCCCCCCAAGAAAGCUGCUCCUCCUCUUCCUCAUCCUCUGGUGAGGGGACAGUGCCGCUCCUGAGGAUCAAAGAGGAGGCUGGGGAGGGCCAGGGGACGGAGCCUGAGAUGGCCAAGAGCCACAGCCGGGCCGAGCCCGGCGCCAGCCCUCAGUCAGAGGCCGAGUCGUCCUCGAGGACGUCCUCCCCACAAAGCCUGGCGUCUGUGAAGGUCAAAUCAGAGCUGGCCAGCCCCACACCAGGCUCCAGCCCCGUGCCCAGUGAGGCGGGCGUGGGCUCCUCUGGAGGCACCAUCUUUCUGCCCCAGUACAUGUUUGGCCCUGAAACCUCUGUUGUCCCUCAGGCCUCUGAAAUCCUGGCCAAGAUGUCCGAGCUGGUUCACAGCCGGCUCAAGCAAGGCCACGGAGGGGUGGCACCAGCCCUGUACCCAGGGACCCCUGCGCCCAAGGGAGCCACCUGCUUCGAGUGCGAAAUCACCUUCAAUAACAUAAAUAACUACUAUGUGCACAAGCGUCUGUACUGUUCCAGCCGCCACAUGGCAGAGGACAGUCCCCCCGGGGCCCGAAAGCCAAAAGUGGCCGCCCCCCCCAAGGGUCCCUCAGGCACUGCGGUCGCCCCCGCCAGAGCCAUCCUCUCCCCCCAACCCCCCGAAGGGCAGGGCCCACCCGCCCCUGCUGAGGGUGAAGUGGAGGGAGAGCACCUGUCCCCAGUGGCGGAGGCCAAGGCUGAGGAGGCAGGAGGGGUAAAGGAAGCCUCUCCGGAGGUGGACGGGCCGGGACGGGGCAGUGAGGACAGCCAGAGCCCUAGGAGCUCCGUGGACGACACCGAUGAGGAUCCCAUGAAGACCGUGUGCGAGGCCUGCAACAUCCGUUUCAGCCGCCAUGAGACCUACACGGUACACAAACGCUAUUACUGUGCCUCUCGCCACGACCCCCCUCUGCGGAGGCCUGGAGGUCCCAAUAAGGUGGCCUUCCUGCCCCAGCCAGUACGCACUCGAAAACGGCGCAAACUUUAUGAAAUCCAUGCCGCCACCAGCAAUGCUGGCCUGUUGCCAGCAACUCACCCACCGCCACCACCGCCACCACCACCACCUCCCCUUGGGGAGCUGCCUGCCUCCCCACAGCUGGGCGUAAGCCCGGCCGAUGCACUGGGGCUGGGUACCCGGCCCGAUGUGCCUCCCGCCCUCCUGCUGCCUGUGGGCAAGGCUCCCACCUCGGCCCCCUCCCCAAGCUCCAGCCCGGAUGCAGAUGGCCCCAUCGACCUAAGCAAGAAGCCGCGGCUACACAGAACUGAGGGGGGGCCUCCAGCCCCCCCUCCACCUCCGCCUCUGCUCCCCCUAACCGACUACCAUGAGUGCACGGCCUGCUGCGUCAGCUUCCACAGCCUGGAGGCCUACCUGGCCCACAAGAAAUACUACUGCCCGGCUGCCCCCCUGCAGCAGAAUGCCUUGGAGCAGCUGCAGAAGAUUCAGGGCCUGGCCAAGCCCCGCCUGGGUGGAGAAGGACCCCGGGGAGUGCCUGGGGAGGAGCUGGAGGGUGGCAUGCGGGUGAAAGUGGAGAAGGGGGUGGCAUCAGCCAACCCAGGACCAGGCAAAACCUCAGGCCUGCCAGUCACUUACGCUGGUGGGGACCCCCUGCACCGCUACCCAGGCCCCAAACCCCUUCACCUCCCUGGUGGGAAGCCUCCGCCCCCAGUGGUGUGUCCCUACUGUCCUCUCAACGGGGCCAUCAAAGGCGACCUGAUCGAGCACUUCCGCCACGCGCAUGGCCUCCUGGUGGCCAAGCCGGUGGCAGGACACAUACUGGCCGAGGCGACUGCACCCCACACCCGGACGCUGGCCGAGAACAGCCUCCCGGCUCCUCUCUCGCUGCCCCCAGCGACAUCUUCCUCCUCCUCGUCCUCGUCCUCCUCAGCCUCCUCUUCAUCUUCUUCCCCACAGCCAGGCCCCAGGCUCCCUCGGGACAGCUUCAAUGGUCAUGAGCUCAAGGAGUCCCCAGCCCCAGCCAACGGCAGUCCCCUGCCCACCGGCUCUCCCCGGCCCGGCCUGCCCCUGUCUCCAGCCACUGCCCCAGCCCUCACCCUCUCGCCAGUGCCUGAAGCUGUGCUCCAGCCUCCCACCCCACCCAUGUACACAGACAAGGGGGUUCAGACCCCCAGCAAAGUCGCGCCUGCCACCGUCCCCAACGGCAACCACAGAUACUGUCGUCUGUGCAACAUCAAAUUCAGCAGUCUGUCCACGUUUAUAGCACACAAGAAGUAUUAUUGUUCCUCCCACGCCGCAGAGCAUGUAAAAUAAUCCUGAACUCCCUCCCCUCUUUCCUCUUCCUCCCCUUUCCCCCUCUCCUCCAUGCCUGUCCCACCACACUACAGACUGAUGACCAGUUGACACACCCUCAGCCCUGGCCACGGCCGGCAGACCAGGACAUCUCAGCACGUGGCCGGAGGGGAGAGGAUGGUGGCGGCAGCAGCGGGGGGCCUGUCCCCCAGAGCACUACGGCAGGGCAAGACAUCCCCUUCUGCCCCAGGAAUCUUUCCAACAAAGCACAAGGCAUUGAUCACUCAGUCGGGCACCUCCCGGAGCUCAGAGCCGCCUGGAUGGACCCCCUUUGCCCCUGAGCCCAAUGACCGAGGAGGUGGGGUGGGUUGGCCAGAGAAGUGGUUCGCUACAAAGAAAGGCAGGGUUGGGCGGAGGGGGGCAGAAUGAGACCCCAAACCCUCGGCACUUAAUAAAGAAUUACAGUUUGAUGAUGAA